AUGAUAUCAAAACUAGUACUUCUUAGACAUGGCGAAAGCAUUUGGAACGCUGAAAAUAAAUUUUGCGGCUGGGCAGACCAACCUCUCUCAAAAAAGGGUAUUGAAGAAGCAGAAUUUGCUGCUAAAUGCCUUCUUGAUGAAAAUAUAAUGUUUGAUAUUGUAUAUACAUCAGUCCUUGAUCGGGCAAUUAAGACGGCUGACAUAGUACUAAAACAUACCAACCAGAUGGAUUUGCCAAGAUUCUCUUCCUGGAGAUUAAACGAACGUCACUAUGGAGCGCUACAAAAGUUAAACAAAGCUGAGACCGCUGCUAAGUAUGGAGACGAACAGGUUAAAAUAUGGCGCCGAUCCUACGACAUCCCUCCUCCACCAAUUGACGAAAGUAGCGAAUUUUACCCAGGAAAAGACCCCAAGUACAGUGAGAUUCCAAAGGAAGAAAUCCCAGUUGGAGAAAGUUUGAAGAUGACUAUUGAUAGAGUCAAGCCUUAUUGGUUAUGUGAAAUACUGCCAAAGCUAAAUGAAGGCAGGAAUGUACUAGUCGUGGCUCACGGUAAUAGUUUGAGAGGAAUAGUAAAGAUACUUGAAGAUAUCUCAGAAACUGAAUUACUAGAUUUGAAUAUUCCCACUGCUGCACCCUUGCAUUAUAAACUGGAUAAUGGGAAAGUUUUGGAAAAGAGGUACAUUAUGCCAGAGACGCUGUUGCAGGAAAAGAUUUUAGCGGUGGCAAACCAAGGCAAAUCAAAGUAA